CACGCAGCCUGGGCAGCACCGGCCCCGCCGCCGCCGCCGCCGCUGCCGCCGCCUCCACCGCCUCCACCGCCUCCUCCGCAGCCUCGGUCGGCGCAAGUGCGGCGCGCGCUGGGGGAGGGGGCGCGGCGGAGUGAGAGGUUGGCGUCCGGCCACCGGGGAUUAAGUUUCUGGGUUGCGCGUGAGUGUGUCAGCGCGUUUAUCCCGAAGCUCCUCGCCGGGCCGUUACUUCAGAAGAGAAGAGAGAGAACGUGGGCGAGGCAAAGCACUCCGAAUCCCCGGAGACCCGGGCUCCCCAGCCCUCUGCCCUUUUCCGCCCCCGCGCGGGGCAGCUGCCGCGAGCCGGAGUUCCAUUUUGGUUGCUGUAUAUAGAGAACACUGAACAUUGAAAAAAAUGUUAGAAACUAUAGAUAAAACCCGGGCCCUGCAGGCAGCAGAGCGCUUACAGGCCAAACUGCGAGAACGUGGGGAUGUGGCAAACGAAGACAAACUGAACCUGUUAAAGUCGGUCUUGCAGAGCCCACUCUUCAGUCAGAUUCUGAGCCUUCAGACUUCUGUGCAGCAGCUGAAAGACCAGGUAAACAUUGCAACUUCGGCGAUUUCAAAUGUAGAAUGUGCCCAUGUUCCACAUCUCAGCCCAGCUGUAAUUACUACUGUGCAAAAUGAAUCCUUUUUUUCAUCCCAAAACAAUGGGAAUCUGGAAGCACUUACAGCUUCAGGCACUCCACACAUCAAUGGGAAACAUGCUUGUGAUGACUUUGAUCAACUAAUCAAAAAUAUGGCCCAGGGUCGCCACAUAGAAGUGUUCGAGCUCCUCAAGCCUCCCUGCGGAGGCCUCGGAUUCAGUGUUGUGGGACUAAGAAGUGAAAACCGGGGAGAACUGGGGAUUUUUGUGCAGGAGAUUCAAGAGGGCAGCGUGGCUCACAGAGAUGGAAGAUUGAAGGAAACUGAUCAAAUCCUUGCUAUCAAUGGGCAGGCACUUGAUCAGACCAUUACACAUCAGCAGGCUAUUAGCAUCCUUCAGAAAGCCAAAGAUAAUGUCCAGCUAGUUAUUGCCAGAGGCUCACUGCCUCAGCUGAUCAGCCCCAUCAUUUCCCGGUCCCCAUCUGCGGCCAGCACAAUUUCAGCUCACUCUAAUCCGGUUCACUGGCAGCAUGUGGAAACUAUUGAAUUGGUGAACGAUGGAUCGGGUCUGGGAUUUGGCAUUGUAGGAGGAAAAGCAACUGGUGUAAUAGUAAAGACCAUUCUGCCUGGAGGAGUGGCUGACCAGCAUGGGCGAUUAUGCAGUGGAGACCACAUUCUAAAGAUUGGUGACACUGAUCUAGCAGGAAUGAGCAGUGAGCAAGUAGCACAGGUCCUCAGGCAGUGUGGAAACAGAGUGAGAUUGAUGAUUGCCCGAGGUGCCAUAGAAGACCCAGCAGCGCCCACUAUGUCCUCAUCCCCAUCUUCUACGCCAGAGAUGCGGGUUGAUGCUUCCACUCAGAAAAGUGAAGAAAAUGAGACAUUUGAUGUAGAACUCACUAAAAAUGUCCAAGGAUUAGGAAUUACCAUUGCUGGUUACAUUGGCGAUAAAAAAUUAGAACCUUCAGGAAUCUUUGUAAAGAGCAUUACAAAGAGCAGUGCUGUUGAACACGAUGGAAGAAUACAAAUUGGAGACCAAAUCAUAGCAGUAGAUGGCACAAAUCUUCAGGGUUUUACCAAUCAACAAGCAGUAGAGGUGUUGCGACACACAGGACAAACUGUGCACCUGACACUAAUGAGGAGGGGAACGAAGCAAGAAGCUGAGCUCACGUUGAGGGAGGAUGGCACGAAAGAUGCAGUUUUGUCUCCUGUUAAUGCCAGCACAAGCAAAGAAAAUUAUGAAAAAGAUGAAGAUUCUUUAUGUUUGAGGAGAAACACCAACAUAUUACCAAUUCAAGAAGAAGGUAAACAUCUGGAGCCAGGGUAUCCAUUACUGUUAGCUGAGACAGAAGAAAUAGAAGAUGCACAACAACAGGAAGCUGCCCUGAUGGCAAAGUGGCAAAGGAUUAUGGGAAUUAAUUACGAAAUUGUGGUGGCCCAUGUGAGCAAGUUCAGUGAGAACAGUGGGUUGGGGAUAAGUCUGGAAGCAACAGUGGGACACCAUUUUAUCCGAUCUGUUCUACCAGAAGGUCCUGUUGGACACAGUGGGAAGCUUUUCAGUGGAGAUGAGCUAUUGGAAGUGAAUGGCAUAACUUUGCUUGGGGAAAAUCACCAAGAUGUGGUGAAUAUUUUAAAAGAAUUGCCUAUAGAAGUAACCAUGGUGUGCUGUCGUCGAACUGUGCCACCUGCCACCCAAUCAGAAUUGGAUAGCCUGGACUUACAUGACAUUGAACUAACAGAGAAGCCUCAUAUAGAUCUAGGCGAGUUCAUCGGGUCUUCGGAGACAGAGGAUCCUGUGCUGGAGAUGACUGAUGUGGGUCAGAAUGCAGAGAAGGUUCAAGGACCUUUGGCCAUGUGGGAGGCUGACGUUCAGCACAUCGAGCUGGAGAAAGGCAGCAAAGGUCUUGGUUUUAGCAUUUUAGAUUAUCAGGAUCCAAUUGAUCCAGCAAGCACUGUGAUCGUAAUUCGUUCUUUGGUUCCUGGUGGUGUUGCUGAAAAGGAUGGACGACUUCUUCCUGGAGAUCGACUCAUGUUUGUCAAUGAUGUUAACUUGGAAAACAGCAGUCUUGAAGAAGCUGUGCAGGCACUGAAGGGUGCACCAUCAGGAAUUGUGAGAAUAGGAGUUGCCAAGCCCUUACCCCUCUCACCAGAAGAAGGUUAUGUUUCUGCUAAGGAGGAUUCCUUUCUCUACCCCCCACACUCCUGCGAGGAGGAAGGGCUGGCUGACAAAGCCCUCUUCAGGGCUGACUUGGCUCUGGUGGACACAAAUGACGCUGACCUAGCAGAUGAAUCUGCAUUUGAGUCUCAGUACUCUCCUGAUAAUGACAGUAUCUACUCUACUCAAGCCUCUAUUUUAUCUUUUCAUGGCAGUGCUUGUAGUGAUGGCCUUAACUAUGGUCCCUCCCUUCCAUCUUCUCCUCCCAAGGAUGUUCCUGAAAAUUCUUCAGAUCCAGUACUUGAUCUACACACGUCCCUGGAGGAAUUGUACACCCAGAACCUCCUACAAAGACAGGAUGAAUGUCCUCCUUCAGUGGACUUGAGCAUGGGACCUCUUUCUGGCUUUGCUGUAAAUGAUUAUUCACCUGCAAAUGCUAUUGAACAGCAGUAUGAACAUGAAAACACAAGAGUGUGGACUGAGUCCCACCUCCCAAAUGAAGUUAUGCCAAGUGCAGAACUUACUUCUUCUCUGCUACCUGAUUCAACUGGAAAGGGAUCUGAGUUCUUAAAUCAACAGAGCUCUCUGGACUCUGCUGCUGAGCGUGUCAUGCUUCAAAAUAUAUCCAAAGAAUCUUUUGAGAGGACUAUUAUUAUAGCAAAAGGCAAUUCUAGCCUAGGGAUGACAGUAAGUGCGAAUAAAGAUGGCUUGGGGAUGAUUGUUCGAAGCAUUAUUCAUGGAGGUGCCAUUAGUCGAGAUGGCCGGAUUGCCGUUGGGGACUGCAUCUUAUCUAUUAAUGAAGAAUCUACUAUCAGUUUAACCAAUGCCCAGGCACGAGCCAUGCUGAGAAGACAUUCUCUCAUUGGGCCUGACAUAAAAAUUACUUAUGUGCCUGCAGAGCAUUUGGAAGAUUUUAGAAUAAGCUUGGGACAACCUGGAGGAAUAAUGGCACUGGAUAUUUUUUCUUCAUACACUGGCAGAGACAUUCCAGAAUUGCCAGAGCGAGAAGAAGGAGAGGGAGAAGAAAGUGAACUUCAAAAUGCGGCAUACAGCAAUUGGAAUCAGCCCAGGCGGGUUGAACUUUGGAGAGAACCAAGCAAAUCCUUGGGCAUCAGCAUUGUUGGUGGACGAGGAAUGGGGAGUCGUCUAAGCAACGGUGAAGUGAUGAGGGGCAUUUUCAUCAAACAUGUUCUUGAAGAUAGUCCAGCUGGGAAGAAUGGAACCUUGAAACCUGGAGAUAGAAUAGUAGAGGUGGAUGGCAUGGACCUCAGAGAUGCAAGCCACGAACAAGCUGUGGAAGCCAUUCGGAAAGCAGGCAACCCUGUAGUCUUUAUGGUACAGAGCAUUAUAAACAGACCAAGGAAACCCCCCUUGCCUUCCUUGCCGCACAACCUUUACCCUAAGUACAGCUUCAGCAGCACUAACCCAUUUGCUGAUUCUCUGCAGUUCAUCGCUGACAAGGAAUUACAGAAUUCAAGUAGAGUUACCUUCCGUUGUUCCCCAACUAACCCUUUUACUCCCACACCAUAUAAGGCACCCAGUCAGUUGGAAACAGAGCCAGAAAAGGCUCCAUUGUGCAGUGUGCCUCCGCCCCUUCCUUCUGCAUUUGCAGACAUGAGCGCUGAUCCUUCCUCAUCAUCUGCAAGCAAAAUCUCAGAAGUGGACAAAGAGGAUGAGUUUGGGUAUAGCUGGAAAAAUAUCAGAGAACGUUAUGGAACUCUCACAGGAGAGCUACAUAUGAUUGAACUGGAGAAAGGUCGUAGUGGUUUGGGUCUAAGUCUUGCUGGGAACAAAGACCGAUCCAGAAUGAGUGUCUUUAUAGUGGGGAUUGAUCCAAAUGGAGCAGCUGGAAAAGAUGGUCGAUUGAAGAUUGCAGAUGAGCUUCUAGAGAUCAAUGGUCAAAUUUUAUAUGGACGAAGUCAUCAGAAUGCUUCAUCAAUCAUUAAAUGUGCCCCUUCUAAAGUGAAAAUAAUUUUUAUCAGGAAUAAAGAUGCAGUGAGUCAGAUGGCCGUAUGUCCUGGAAAUACAGUAGAACCUUUGUCUUCGAACUCAGAGAAUCUUCAAAAUAAGGAGGCUGAACCAAGUGUUACAACUUCCGUUGCAACUGUGGACCUCAGUUCAUUUAAAAAUGUACAACAUCUGGAGCUUCCCAAGGAUCAAGGGGGCUUGGGCAUCGCUAUCAGUGAGGAGGAUACAGUCAGUGGAGUCAUCAUAAAAAGUUUAACAGAGCAUGGGGUAGCAGCCAAGGAUGGACGGCUCAAAGUUGGAGAUCAGAUCUUGGCUAUAGAUGAUGAAGUUGUUGUUGGCUAUCCUGUUGAAAAGUUUAUAAGCCUUUUGAAAACAGCAAAGACAACAGUGAAACUUACCGUUCAUUCUGAGAAUCCGGAUUCCCAGGCUCUUGCUUCAGCAGCUGGUAUAACCAAUGGAGAAAAAAAGAACAGUUCCCAGUCUCCAGUGGUCCCACGAUCUGGCUCCCCGGAACCAGAGCCCAUCCGCGGUACAAGCAGGUCAUCAACACCAGCAGUCUUUGCUUCUGAUCCUGCAACCUGCCCCAUUAUCCCAGGCUGUGAAACGACAAUUGAGAUUUCCAAGGGGCGAACAGGGCUGGGCCUGAGCAUUGUCGGCGGGUCUGACACACUGCUGGGUGCCAUUAUUAUCCAUGAAGUUUAUGAAGAAGGAGCAGCAUGUAAAGAUGGAAGACUCUGGGCCGGAGAUCAGAUUUUAGAGGUGAAUGGAAUUGACUUGAGAAAGGCCACUCAUGAUGAAGCAAUAAAUGUCCUAAGACAGACACCACAAAGAGUGCGCCUGACACUCUACAGGGAUGAGGCCCCGUACAAAGAGGAGGAUGUGUGUGACACCCUCACUGUUGAGCUGCAGAAGAAGCCCGGAAAAGGCCUGGGGUUAAGUAUUGUUGGUAAAAGAAAUGACACUGGAGUGUUUGUGUCAGACAUUGUCAAAGGAGGAAUUGCAGAUGCUGAUGGAAGACUGAUGCAGGGAGAUCAGAUAUUAAUGGUGAAUGGAGAAGAUGUUCGUAAUGCCACUCAGGAAGCUGUUGCUGCUUUGCUAAAGUGUUCCCUAGGUACAGUAACCUUGGAAGUAGGAAGAAUCAAAGCUGGACCAUUCCAUUCAGAAAGGAGGCCCUCUCAGAGCAGCCAGGGCCGUGGACACAGGCCUGGCUCUCUGGCAGCCUGGCAGAGUGGGAUACAGAGUUUGCGAAAGGGAAGAAGAACAAGAACUGAAAGUGAACAGAUGAGCGAAUGCAGCCUGUCAUCGUUCACUUUUCCGCUUUCUGGAUCCAGUGCAUCUGAGUCACUGGAAAGUAGCUCAAAGAAGAAUGCAUUAGCAUCUGAAAUACAGGGAUUAAGAACAGUUGAAAUAAAAAAGGGGCCUUCUGAUUCAUUGGGAAUCAGCAUUGCUGGAGGAGUGGGCAGCCCACUUGGCGAUGUUCCUAUAUUUAUUGCAAUGAUGCACCCGAAUGGAGUGGCAGCCCAGACCCAGAAACUCAGAGUUGGGGAUAGGAUUGUCACUAUUGCUGGCACAUCCACUGAGGGGAUGACUCACACCCAAGCAGUUAACUUACUGAAAAAUACCUCUGGCUCCAUUGAAAUGCAGGUGGUUGCUGGAGGAGAUGUGAGCGUGGUCACAGGUCAUCAGCAGGAGCCAGCCAGUUCCAGUCUUUCUUUCUCUGGGUUGACGUCAAGCAGUAUAUUUCAGGAUGAUUUAGGACCUCCUCAGUGUAAGUCUAUUACACUAGACCGAGGACCAGAUGGCUUGGGCUUCAGCAUAGUGGGAGGAUAUGGCAGCCCUCAUGGAGACUUACCCAUUUAUGUUAAAACAGUAUUUGCGAAGGGAGCAGCCUCCGAAGAUGGGCGUCUAAAAAGGGGUGAUCAGAUCAUUGCUGUCAAUGGGCAGAGCCUGGAAGGGGUGACCCACGAAGAAGCUGUUGCCAUCCUUAAGCGGACAAAAGGCACUGUCACGCUGAUGGUUCUCUCCUGAAGUGGCUGUGGGAAUUGAGCCAGUUCAACCAGCCCCCUCUGCUCCCCCUGACAUGUCACACUGUAAAGAGAAAGGGACUGGUCUUGUGGUGACUUCCAGUGUUGUGUUCAUUCUGCUCCUCAAAACUGUAGGGGAAAAAUACCAGUUGCGUUUAUGACACUCAUAUGGAAAUGAUUUUCUGACAGCCUAGUGUCAUUUUUCCCUCUCUCCUUGCACAUUGUGAACGUAAACUCAAAGGUAGAACUGUUUGUGUGGUUAAAUUAUUCUUUCUUCAUGAAGCUACCUGGCAUUUUAUAGUUAAUGGGGAAAAAUUAUGUGCUAAACUGGUUAGUAGAGGAAGAAAAAAUAAUUCUAAAGCCAACCUAAAGAGAAAUGGCUUCAGUUAAGUUAGGGUGAAAAUGAAAAUAUAAAAUAAAGAAGAAAAUGUCAAGUUUUAUAAAAAAUGUCUUAAUUUUGUCAAUCCACCACCGCCUCCUUAUUACUAACCUAAAAAAAAUUUAUUGAAAAUCUUUAAAAAUACUCAGUGUUUAAAAUUUUUGACUAUUAUAAAAAGUUGCAUCUCCCACCUUUAAUAUACACCUAUGUUUUCUUCCUAGAGUGGGUUUUUAGUAUGGUAUGGAAAGCAGGUAUCUAAAGCAAUGUCCCUAAGUUUGUGAAGAAAGCUUUUAAUGCACACCUUCAUGUUCAUUUUCACUUUCGACCUGUUAGAAUUAUUUCUGGGAUGCUACAAGUAAAAUGAUGAUGCCACCCUGCCUUUACUGUCGUUUCUCUAGAAAGCAGCUGUGCUAACUGUGCAGGAGCGUAGAAAGCGCUCAGAACCUUUAGUGCUGGUUUUAACUGAUGCAACACUAAAAACGUGUCAGCGCGCUGUGCAGUUGGUUUUCAGUUAGUAUUAAUCUUAAUGACAGGGAAAAAAGCAAUGUGUUAGUAAUUAUUUUGGUUGUAUGCCAUUAGAAAAUUGAUAGAAAAAUUAAGCAGAUUAACAUAACUUCAUUUCAUUGCUUUAUAUUAACAUCUUAUAAUACAAUAGUUUAAGACUAAGGGAAACAGAUGGAGCUGUUUAUUGAGACAACUGGUGAGAAAUUAUCAUGUGUUCAUUCCCAUUUUAGAGCGUGAAACUCCUACAUUAGAAUAUAUAAAGUCACUUUAAAUAUUAUCUAUAUUUGUAACAGAAGUAGUGUACAGAUAUUUUAUUACAGUACUUUUCUGUGAAUGCAAAAUUGAAGUGAAUAAAGAAUAAGUUUCAUGGUGCACGAAUAAAGAA